AGGGACAAUCCUCUGCACACAUAGAUGCAGAAACCAUGUCAUUGUAGUGAUUGUGACAGAGAUGAUGGCGACCACAAACGAGUGUAACAGUGUCUGUAGCAGUGCAAAGGAGAAGGUCGCAGAGUGUUGGUACGUUGUCUUGCUGCAGCAUGGGGCCAGAGGGAUGAUCUUCAACACAAAAGAGAUUGCGGACAGUUUGGUGUGGCAAAAAAACAGCAUCAUGAUCCCAAGGACUGCCAAUAUGGAUGCAACAUCGGAGGCAAACAAGAAGCGUCUUACAUCUGAGUCGUCUGCAGAGUCCGUUUUCAGCCUUAUGAAUUUGGCGGCAGGAAGUCCUCUUAGUUCACCGCUUGCGUUAUCCCCCAGUUCUGUUGGUUCUCCACAAGAUGUGGGACACUUGCAGCUUGGCGGAAGUGGGUCUCCAACCUUGGCCACGAAGAACCGGAUGCCAAUCCCCAUGCUGGUGGGAACUAGCGGGCCGUUGUCCCCACUCUCCUUGCCCUCGUCACUUUCUAUGGGAAGCCAUACUGGGUCUCAAUCGGGCUCCCCAAUGCUGCAGUCCCCACCUGGUGUGUCCGCUCUCCGACACACCUCACCUCCAGCUGUUCGAUCCCCAGGUACACCAUUGCCACUAUCUCCUCCAACAAAACUCCGUAAAACAAAUGCGGGUGGCAGCUAUGUGAGUUCCAUGCGAGGGCUUAUUAAUGCGGCGAGCGGGAAAGUGAUGAGUCCCACUUCUUCUGGCCAUGUGAAACCAGGCGGGCCCAUGAGCCCAUUUGCAGGUAUGCCGUCACCUGCAUUUCCCGUGUGGGGUGUUGGAGGUGGACCUGGUCCUGGAAGUCCAUCGCCAUUGACAUCACCUCUUUCCAGAGAAGGUGGUGCUCUUAGUGUUGUUACCUCCCCAAGUGGGGAUUUUGUAGAUGACUCUAAAGAGGCAGCAAAGGAUGUGGAGGCAGAAGCAGUUCCAAGGGAAGCAGUUUUCCCAAGAGUCGUGCACACACCAAGGAGUGUGCGGAAAACCAGGAUCACCCACCCUGCCCUGUUGCCCCAACUGGCGCUAGAGGUGGCUGAAGAGAUUGUGCGGUAUCAGUGGUACAUAAUGCAUGGUGUUGAUGAAGCGUUUAUUGCGCCAAUCAAGGAAUCAUGGCUCAGCAACACAAGGGCAUUAGUAAGCCGGAACUGGAGGAUACCGGGUGACAAAGCCAGGGAGAUAAUGUCAGAGAUAGAGGCAGAGGUGUGUCAGGACUACAUUUUGAGCGUGAAGAAGGGUAUUGUAGACUAUGUCCUGAGGGACGAGUCCGAACGCAAACGCCUGGGCCUGACUACAAUGGAGAGUGUCAUGAGGACGGUAGCGGAGUCAAUGGGAGGCGGGGGAGCUGUUCCGGCCAUGGGGGGGAAGAGGUGGGGACCCGCUGCCGUGCUUAUCCUGACAGCGGAUUGGUGCAUGGCGGUGCGACUGGCUGGUGAGGCCCUUCUACGGGAUUUGCAUCGGUUGUCACCACACACACUAGAACUGGUUGGGUUAUGGGAGAAGGUGUUUGACGGCCGGGCAUUUGUUGAUGUGGGCCAGAUGGAGUUCAUGAGUCAGAUGCCAUUCACGGUCAAUGGGUUUCUCGAGUGCCAGAUAAGUUACGGCGACCAAGUGAAACAGACAGUUGAGCAGGAGUGGCUCCCCUCGGCGACCAACCUUUUCACCAAAAGUCCACCGGAGCCGCUCAACCGAGAUUUGAAGGGGUUUUAUACUGCCGUCGCUGUCCUUAUGUCCAUACAGCUUCGCAGAUUGGUCGAGAACACAGUUACUCGCUAUCAUGAUUUCUUCGCACAAUACGGAAAGGCGACCAACCUGCGUAACCCGAAGGCGUCAAAGCGGGUGGAGGAAGCAGGGAUUACAAGGGAAACGCGCAAGCGAUCCAUACUGGGAGUGGACAAAAGGGUCUUUGAACUUCCCACUUGGCUAAAACCUGUUUUUGUCAUGGAGCUUCAACAAGACAAAGGAGUUUGCAGGUGACUGCCCAAAACUGGUUUUACCCUCUCCGCCGUCUCCAGGCCAACGAAGACUUGGUGCUUUCACAAAAAAAUAUGUGAAAUGCGCCUGGACAAUAUAGUAUUCCAUCUA